AGGUUUGGGGUCGCCCGGCCCAGAACAGGUGGCCAUUCGGCGACUGUUCGUUGAGGCGCUGCGGGAGGAGGCCGGUUGGCGAGGCUUUCCGGAGGCCGCCCUGGGCCGAUCCCGGCCCUGAGCCCGCCUCGCCGGCUCCUCCGAGGCCUCCCUCCGUGGCCGCCGCCCGGCAGCAGAGGGAGGCGCGGGAGCUGCUCGGGCUGGGCGUCCAGUUGCCAAGGAGCUGCUGCGCCGCCUCCCCUCCGCCGCCGCCGCCGGGGCCGAACUCAGGAGCGGGGCGACCUGCCGCACGGCCCGCUUUGCCCCGCGGGCCUGGAGGAGUUCCUCGGACGCCGCGCCCGGCCUGAGGGGAAGGAAGGGGCCGGUUGUGGGGUCCUCUCGCUCGCCCUUCGGCAGCGCCGGCGACCCGGCCCCCUCGCCCCACAGGACAGAGAAGCCGGGCCGGCGGGGGCAGCGCCAUGUCCCACAACACUUACAAUAAAAUGUGGGUAGAAGCCCAGCUGUCCCUCAAUGGCCUUCUGCAGAAAGAGAUGGAAGAGAAGUCCCAGAAGCCCAUCAAAGACCGACUGGUGGUGUUCCAGAUGCUGGGCACUUUCUACGUCAAGUAUGUGCAGAUAUUUCGCAACCUGGAGGCUGCUUAUGACCAGAUCGUUCACCCGCAGAAGCGUUUGAUUAUCCGUCAAGUGCUGGAUGGAGUGAUGGGUCGUAUUCUAGAGCUGAAGAACGAAAUGGUAGACCUGGAGUACUCCGAAUUUCAUUAUUUUGACGACAUCUUGCAGGAUCUGAAGCUGAUCCCUGACAGCAUUGACAUCCCCAUCCCCAGGUAUUUCAUUAAAGAGAAACUGAAGGUGUUGAAAGAGAGAGAGAGAAUCCUUGCUCAAAUAUUGCUUGAUGCCGGAUUGUACGAUGAUGAACCUGUUGAAAACCACCUUGAACCCAGAAGGGGAAGAGCGAGAAAACGGGUGAAGGUCAUGGUCUUGGAUGAAGCUGUUAGAUUAAUCCAAAUAGCAGAGCGUGCACGACAGGGCCGGCUGAGGGCUACCUUCAUGAAGCAGAUCUACCUCGAAGAGAAGAGAGAGAGGCAAGCAAAACUUCAGACCGGGAAAAUCCCAAAUCUGGACGCCUCCGCUACUCGUAUUCAAAAGUUUUGGCGUGGACAUGCCCAGGUGAAGAAGACUCUGAAGCUUAGAGAUGAAGAAAUGAUAUUUCUAGGGAUGUGUGCCAAAAUUGCGAACCAGGAGUGCUUCAAUAAACUGCAGUUUGCUCUGAUGUCCGAGCAAGCGCACACCCUCUCUGUGGCCCUUCAGGCAACCGCAAUUAAGCCGGCCAAUCAGCUGGCCUGCGCACAUGUGCAGACCCAGUGUGCGCCUGCGCAAGGAACCCACUCGAUGAACUACAGAUACAGACAUCUCACUGGAAAGUUUCCUGACUACCCUGAUGAAGAACAAGGAGGUUCAACAGCUAUUUUCUCUGAAAAAACCCCAGAGCAGGUUGUAGCCGAGCUAGCUGAGAAAGAAGCCGAAGAGCAGAAGAAGAAAGGCCGGAAAAAGGGGGAAAAGGAAAAAAAAGAAAAAGGAAAAAAGAAAGGAAAAGAAAAGGGCGGUGAAAAGAAAUCAAAGAAGAAAGAUGAGGGUGAAGACGAAGGCUGGAAGAUGGGCCCCAGUAACUUUCUCCCCAUAAUGGAGGAAGGAAACAACAAGUAUAAAGGUGUUUGGCAGAACAGAGAUGAGGAAUGGAACUUCUCCCAGGAGUAUGACCCAGAACUGAUCAAAGAGGAAAAGCGGAAAGAAGUAGAAGAAGAGAUCAGAGUGCAGGUGGAUGAGCUGAUGCGUCAAGAGCUGAAGAAUCUCAAAUUAGCUGUUGACAGAGAGGCAGAGAAAAAAGGCAAGAAAGGCAAGAAAGGCAAGAAAAAGGGGAAAAGAAAAGGAAAAAAGGAUAGAAGGAAGAAAAAAUCUAAGAAGGAUAAAGAUCUGACUCCUGACAGGACUAUUGAGUCUCUCUUCAAGGAACUGGUAGAAGAAGGCAUAUUAAUAAGAUCCAAGAAAGUGCAGCUCAACGAUUACGUGGGUGAAUACAGCUACCUGGCCACUACUCUUCGGCAGGUGGAUGUAGAACCAAUGCCUUCUCUCUCAGAUGUCAGGCAGCUCAUUGCCCUAUAUGGAAUAUUGCCCUUAGGUUCUCAGUCUGUUCACGAGAAAGCUCCUCUGGUCAAAACCUUGCUUCUGGCUGGACCACAAGGAGUGGGGAAGAAGAUGCUUAUUCAUGCUCUCUGUACAGAAACAGGAGCCAACCUCUUCAAUUUAUCUGCCGCUAACAUUGCUGGCAAAUACCCUGGCAAGGCUGGUUUGCAAAUGAUGCUCCACAUUGUGUUCAAGGUGGCCAGACAACUGCAGCCUUCAGUCAUCUGGAUUGGAAACACAGAGAAGACGUUCUACAAGAAGGUGCCAAAGUCGGAAAAAGAGAUGGAACCUAAACGCCUGAAAAAGCAACUUCCCAAAAUUCUGAAAACUCUAAAAACCGAGGACAGAAUUCUUGUCGUAGGGACUACUACGCGACCUUUUGAUGCUGAUCUCAAACCCUUCUGCAGAGUUUACAAGAAAAUCGUUCUGGUUCCAAGGCCCGACUAUGCCUCGAGAUUCGUUUUAUGGAAACACAUCAUUCACCAAAAUGGAGGGAUUCUCACCAAACAACUGAACAUCAGCUGUCUGGCACAGGUGUCUGAUGGUUACACUCAAGGGCACAUAGUGAAUGCGGUCCAAGCAGUCCUAACGGAACGACGCCUGAUGCAACUGGUCAGGAAGCCGUUGGCAGCAGCUGAGUUCCUGAGUCCACUAGCCAGUCAGGAGCCGGUGUACAAGGAGGAAGAAGAAACAUUUAAGGCCUGGUACGCCAAGACUCCUCUGGGAAAAGCACGAAUCAAAUCUCUGACGGUGGCUGAAGAAACCGGGAAAGGAAAGGGGAAAGGGAAGGACAAAGAGAAAAAGAAGGAAGCAAAGAAAGGCAAGAAGAAGAAGAAGUGAAAAAAAAUGUGGAAGGCUUUGAAAAGCACAUCGUAGUUAAUCAGCUGCAGUAGAGCUCUUUGAAAUCCCAGCUCUCCGAACAGCCUCAAUCUCAGAUGUCUUCUGUGUGGAAAAACCCCAAACAGGCUACAUCAGUGUGACAUUUUAUCCCUCCCCGGUAACAAACUAAUGACCACUGAAUUUCGCUAGUAUCACUUCCAGGAG